CGAGCGUCUGCGUGCUUGUGUGUUCGCGGGAGCGAGCCUGGGCCGGUCAGCUGGUCGCAGAGCGGAGGGAGAGCGGCGUGUGCACGUCCUGCUGCUCCGAGAGAAGCACAGCCGAGCCUGGAGGCGACGCGGCGGCGGACGCACCGAGAUCCUCCCGAGCCCCAGACGCGCGGAGCCCGCCGUGCAUCCUGCAAACCCCGCUGCCGGUGCUGCAGAUGUCAGAGGGUUUCCUGCAGGAGGGAACAUCAUGGCCUUAGCGGGAUGCCCUGACUACUUCUUGCGUCACUCUAACUACCAGGAAAGGAUGGAGCGCACUUCCUCUCGCAGGCCUGAGGAGCUGAUUGUUUCAGACUUUCAACGCUCAUCCAGUCAAGCCUUGCCGCAUCACCAUGCUGCCUCCACAGACGACGACGUGGACCUGGAGCAGCUGGUGAACGACAUGAACUCGUCCAUGGAGAGCGUUCACUCCACGCAGGCGGACACGGCUCUGCUCCUGAACAACGCACCACCACGUCCACCCGGGUUACAUGGGCCACAGCCACGUGCACCGCCGGCACACCCCGCCGCUGCCCCCCUGCUCCCCCUCCAGGAGAAGCUGAAGCACUCUCAGCCCAUGCACAUCCAGGCUGUCAGGUGCUUGAGGGCAGACCAGCAGCUGCGUCCGGCCUCCCUGCCAGCUAUCCCCAAUCCUUUCCCAGAGCUCUGCAGCCCGGCAGGAUCCCCUAUUCUCAGCCCCAUGCAGAACUCCGACAGCCAUAUAGUGAAGGUGUGGAGCGAGGAUGGAGCCGGAAAAGUGGUGGAGAUUCCAGCAGACAUGACGGCGAGAGACGUGUGUCAGCUGCUGGUCUACAAGAGCCACUGUCUUGACGACAACGCCUGGACGCUGGUGGAGCACCACCCCAUCCUCGGCCUUGAGAGAUGUCUGGAGGACCACGAGCUGGUGGUUCAGGUGCAAGCCUCCAUGAGCAGCGACAGUAAAUUCCUCUUCAGGAAGAACUAUGCCAAAUAUGAAUUCUUCAGGAACCCCCUGAACUUUUUUCCAGAGCAGAUGGUGGCUUGGUGUCAGGAGUCCGAUGGCUCGAUCCCUCAGUCACAGCUCUUGCAGAACUUUCUGAACUCGAGCAGUUGUCCAGAGGUCCAGGGCUACCUGUACAUGAAGGAGCCUGGACGCAAGUCCUGGAAGAAGUUGUACAUGUUCCUGCGACGCUCCGGCCUCUAUUUCUCCACUAAAGGAACAUCCAAGGAACCCAGACACCUGCAGCUGCUGUCGGAUCUGGAGGACAGCAACAUCUUCACCAUCAUCAUGGGCAGGAAACUUCACAACGCCCCGGCGGACUACCCGUUCUGCAUCAAGCCCAGCAAAGCGAGGAGCGACUGCAAGGAGCUGAAGAUGCUGUGUGCCGAGGACGAGCAGAGCAGGACCUGCUGGAUGACGGCCUUCAGACUGCUCAAAUACGGCAUCCUGCUGUAUCAGAACUACAACGUGCCCCAGCAGAGGAAGUCCAGCAUCUCGCCUUUCUCUGCACCUGUGCGGAGUAUAUCCGAGAACUCUCUCGUUGCCAUGGACUUCUCUGGCCGGACCGGCCGCGUCAUCGACAACCCCCUGGAGGCCCAGAGCGCCGCCCUGGAGGAGGGCCAGACCUGGAGGAAAAGAAGCCAGCGUAUGAAUGUCUUGGGCAGUCCCAGCCCCCUGCAUCCAUCCUCUCUGAGCACAGUGAUCCACCGGACACAGAUAUGGUUCCACGGUCGCAUCAUGAGGGAGGAAGCUCACAAAAUGAUCAUUCAACAAGGCCAGGUUGACGGGUUGUUCCUGUUGCGGGACAGUCAGAGUAACCCCAAGGCGUUCGUGCUCACCUUGUGCCACCACCAGAAGAUCAAGCACUUCCAGAUCCUGCCGUGCGAGGAAGACGGUCAGGUGUUCUUCAGCCUGGACGACGGAGCCACCAAGUUCACGGACCUGAUCCACCUGGUGGAGUUCUACCAGCUCAACAGAGGAGUGCUGCCCUGCAAGCUCAAACACCCCUGCACCGCCGUGGCCUUGUGACACUCCCCCCCCCGACCCCAAACCACACCCUUUUUUUGCACACCUCUCACCCUGAGAUUCCCCCGCCCCCCCUCCUCACCGACACAACAUUGUUAAGGAGAGGGAAGAAAUCAAAGCCGUGUUUCUGGUGAUUAGACCGACCCAGCAGGGGGGCCAGCGCCGGGGGCUUAACGCCCUCCGUGUUCAUGCCAUAUCUGGAGGAGAACCGCUGGGGCCGUCCAACUGCUGCCGAUUGUGGACUCAGCAGUGGCUCAACUUCUGUAAUGUUGUCCCGGAAAUUCGGUUGAUUAGUUUUUUACCGUUUUAACCCUGGAGAGGCACGACGUGACGCAGAAACACAUCUUCACAGUGGAGGUUCUGAGGGUCUUUGGGAUGGAUCCCGCCCUCAGAGUCUCUCAUCCUCGCGCCCAAACGACCUCCCCCCAUCCUCCAGGCCUGAUAAGCUGUGGUGCCUGCCCCACCCUUGCCUCCCUCGUGACCGAGGCGGGCAGGGAGUGCCACCCUCUGACUUCCUCACUGAUCAUCAGGGAUGGGCGGGAACUUCUCUGGGUCCUAUCAAGCUCGAUCCAGGAGUUUCUCAACCUGUGCAGUCCAGUCUGGAUAAGCUGACACCCUGUCCCUCCCUCCAACAUCUCUGCAGGCUGGGCGUGACACCUGUUGCCGCGUCCAGGCCCCUCAAUCCCUUGGUGCGACCCCCCCCCCCCCCCCCAAUCCUGCCUCUACAGAAGCUUGGAGAACAGUUGAGAGGGACAAAAAGAAGUGGCUGAAGGAAAGACGAGCAGAGCAAGGGUUUGCUGAAAGGACAGAGGAAUGUUUAUCAGGAAGGCCAUAACAAGCCUCUCUUGUAGAGUUGAUUACUUGAUGUCAUUUUAAUGCUGUUUUAUUACUGUUGAUUCAAUGCAGAACUAGUUUUGCACUCCUGGGCGGACAGACGGCAGCUCUCCAGCUACACGAAGCUGCCGUCUCUUCCUCCUCCACUCCCCUCCUGAAAAGCAUGCAUGUGAAUUUCAUCCAGCUCUGAUUGGAUUACGGUGGCGUGGGAGCGCAGAGUUGCAGCUGAUUAUGCAGUGCCUUUCUGAAAGGUCUGGUAACAUCUCGGACCUCCGCGCGGCUCGCACCGAGACGGCAUUACAGGAAAUGCCUUCUCCGACCGGCUGCAGCGGCUCUGCGAGGAAGAGGAGGAAGACUGUAAAAUAGACUCCUGACAAGUGUCCACCACCCAAACUUCUACCGUUUCAGUCUUUUUUUUUUUUUUUUUUUUUUUAAUAAUCAAAAGGGUUAUACUUGGUGAAAUUCUCUUUGAAUGUCAUUUGCUUUUCUUAAGUUUGUUCUGAGCUCAGCGCUUGCACAUUUUAAUCCUUUUGAUUUUGGGUUGGAGCUGUCGCGUUCUGAUUCUGACCACUGUUCCCUCGUACAAAGCAACAAAGCACUCUCAUAACCUUUUUUUUUUUUUUUUUUUUGUUAUAAUUUAAAUAUGGAAUUUGAACGAAUGACUUGAAACGUGAACUCAGCCGGCGGUGCACGAACACGCAGCCGGCUGAGCCUCACCAGCCUUAAGUGAAAAUUGUGAGCCUUGUUGUAUGAAAAUUGAGGAAGCUGUUUUUAAAAUGCACAUACACAGAUACAUUUGGAAUUAAAAGUGAUGGAGCGAUCGAUACAAUGAAGGACGGGGCAAGAUUUUGGGAAAUUUUCUUUCUGAUACCACUCACGUGUCUGUAUGCUAAAUAUGAAGCUUGCAUAUUUACAAUAAUCAGCUGACGACUUCUCUGAGAUUAUGACGUCACGCAUUUUGCAGGAAAAGACUCAGAUUCUCUGAUAUAAAAGUCGCAGAUAUACGAGAACCACCUCGUUUCAGUUUGCGUAGGUUAAACGAACCUCAUCGCUCCGCUCACACGUACACAGAGCUGGUACACAGGAAGCACCACAUGCAAGCUUUAAUGAGGAGAGACAUCAUGGCAGCAUAAUCACCUUAUUGAAAUCAUUAUGUUGUUUUCUUCAGAAUAAAACCCACUCCUGUCAGUGUCUCCUCCGAGUCUGGGUGCUUACAGUGUGACGAUGUGCUGAUUCUGGGCUAGUCACGAGCAUUUCCUUGUUGCAAAUCCAAUUUUACUGUAUAACUUGAUUAGGUCAUUCAGUGCAGGGUUGAGAAAUGUCUGAGUUUACUCGGUGAAGAGAUGUGGUUCCAUAGCAACUUACUGACCUUUUUCUUAUAUAAUAUAUAUAUAUAUAUAUAUAUAUAUAUAUAUAUAUAUGAAAAUAUCUAGCUUUUUUUACCGUCCUGGUGGUUGGUGGACCUCCUGUAGAGACCACCAGCAGCUUCACAUUUACCAUACAGACAACCGUCCCGUCAUGAGUCUUGACCUUUCCCGUUGCCCUCAACCUUUCUAAGAGUGUCAGAUAAACUAGAGCACAGGAAAUCAUCUUCUGUCUUGUUUCAGUCCAGUCGCCUCGCUCUAAAAGAAAGCAAGCACUUUCCAAAAAACGUUUUCUUAAGCCUUCAAAGUGAAAAUCGGUUUGGACACUAUUUAGUAAACGGGUACUGCUGAGGCAAUCUGGCAUCAAGAGAACGUGCAACACCGUGUCCAGAUUCAUCCAACAGCUUCAUGGGAGGUUUUUAGUGUGUGCUAAACAUCGCUGGCCUCAGUGCCAAACAAUCAAGCACUAAGGGCUUCUUUUUUUUGUCUUGAAACUAAACUGAAAAGCCAUUCUACUACUGUAAUGCUAAAAAAAAACAAAAAAAUCCAUUGCAGAAGAGCUUUGCAGCCUCAGAGGUUGCCCUUGUGCAUGCAUGUUGCAUUUUCAGUAGUACCAGUGUCUUUAAUUGGUUAAAUGCCCAGUUGAUGGACAUAAAAUCAUUUAGCAAGUAGUGUUACUAAUAUAGACCUAAUAAUUCCCUUUUCUCAGAUUGUAUGAUUUGCUUCUUUUUCUAAUAUUUUUAGUAAAGGGUUUCAGUUAAGGCCGCUCUGUGUAACGAUAGUUCCACAUGACCACAUGGGGGCAGCAUAUGAGAAAAAGCUUUACACAUCUGCUUGGGUAAGGCAUCGCGGUGCAUCUCUGGUGAGACAGACUGGUAUUACAAGACGUGCCGCGUCGUCUUCAUCCAUUUGCAAAGUAUUCUUGUCAGUAGCUGUUUGAUUGGUGCAGCAGAUCCGAUGUAAACUCCCCCAUGUGGUCAGAAGUGGCAUUGCUUCAUAGUGGCAUUUACUGUUCAAUUAGGAUUCCAGCUUAUGCUCUUAAGAGAUGGUCUCUUUCUUUUCUUUUUUUUUCAAAGUUCUGAAAUUGUAAUGAAUGCAUAAGGAUAAUUAGCACGCUUUUUUUUGCACCUUUGGGCCAUUCUAGUAGUUACUGCUCAGUGGGGAUGUAGUGCUGUAAUACCCACCCAGAAGGAAGCUUGUGUCAGAACUCUAAGCUAAGGAUUUAAGAAACAAACAUAGAAAAAUAAAAUUAAGUAAAUAAGAAGAAAAUAGGACAGUGUUACAACUGAAACUUUUAAAGUCAGCCUAACAUUAAAAUUCUGAACUGAAACAGAACAAUGAAGUGGCAGGACGACAAAAAGUAACAGCAUAAGAGAAAGCUGACUCAUAAGAAAAUGUAGCAUGCUUUUGUCAUUUUAUUGUAUGUUUUUCGUCCAUUAUUAUUAUUAUUAUUAUUAUUAUUUACUUUCAGUUUAUUUACUUUUAUUUUUGGGAGAUUUUGUCAGAUUAUUAAAAUAGAAAUGAACCCCCCUACACCCUCCCCUCCAAAAAACAAUAUAAAAAGGAAAUGGAACAAAAAAAGCACCCACGUUGGCACCCUCUAGUGGUAACAAUGAAAAAGACUAACACAGCAAAUGAUCUAAAUCAUCGAUAACUAAUCUCCUCAGAAGCUACAAAAGUACACACAUUCCACUAUAAGUGGCUUAAUGAUGAUCUGAGUUGAUUUUUCUUUAUUUAUUGUAUUUUCUGUGACUAACGUACAUCAGAUUGAAAGUGAGCAGGGUUUCCAGGGUUCACUAGCCUCCCUAACCCGCCCAACUAAACUGCCCAAGUCCUCUCAUUGACACACAACUCACUGCCACCACCAAGUCUAAGUGACUUCACUCACCAGCUCCACCCCCCACCAUUCAGGCCUUCUGAGUCCAUCAGGGCAGACCCUCCCCAGGGACUGGAUAAUGCUUGAAUUGCCCCUCCACCCCUCCCGCCUGUGUCCAGCCUGUAAGCUAUGACCCUGUGGUGAACAUGUGUUUUGUGUGUGGAUGGCCAGACUGUUGAAGUCACUCUUCCCCUCCGGAGACACGUCCAGGAAUCCUGCCUGUCGGUUGGUUUAAGCUAAGUUAAGUAACGGAUUUGGAGUAGACGGGAGUUCGGCUGGAGAUUCUUGAAUAUCUGUCAGGGAGGGACGCAAAGCCGCGUUGCUGUGGGUCAGCAGGGACGACUCGCCGACCUCUCUUCUUCCCUCCCUUUUUUUUUUUUGAAAUCACUGUGCUCAUUGCAAUCCUUUACACAAGUCCAGUUAUUUGAAUAUAACAGUAUAAAGUAUCAUCUGUUGUCUAAGUAUGUGAAGCUAUGGAGAAGAAGUAGAUCCAACACUGUACCUAGGUCACAGAUCACUAUAUAUGGGGUGUUAUGCUUUUGCUCAUAAUACCAUGUAAAAUUAAGAAUGAUUUAUUUUGUCCUUUUUUUUUCAUUAUUUGAUUGUGUGUAUGUUAACAUUUUUGUGUUUUUGUUUUGUUUUUUUUUCCCACAAAAUGACCUUUUAUAUAUAAAUAUAUAUAAAAAGAAUAUACCACAGUAUAUACAGUAUUAAAUUAAAGUUUUUCUUGUUUUAAGAGAUCAAACUGGACUUUUGGCACUUGUCAAAUUUCUGAACAUCAGUUGUGCGUAUAAGCUGACAGGCUGUAAGAGUCGUCGACUCUGCCGGCAUCCAAUCCUGAUGUCUUUCUGUUCAUAUCUGAUUCAUUUACUUUCUGCCUCAAGAAAACACUCCAGUAGAUGUUUGGAUCCUUAUCUUCUAAACAUGCACACCGAUGCUUAAUCCGCGAGAAUAUUCAUCGUAGCUUUUUGUAGAAGUUUCAUCGCAAGUAGUGCAAUUAUACGCUGUAGCUCAAGGGGAUUGUACAAUUCUUAUAUUCAUAUACUCCUUUUUGUUUAGUUGUGUUUUUUUAAGGUGCAUAAUUCAUUGUUUUGAAUUUUGUUUUUUUCUUUACGAAGUCUUGCAGCCGGUGCCUCUUUCUAAACCAUAGCAAGGCAUUAUUUGCCAUCCAUCCGUUUACUGCAUUCAUUUACAGCUCGCUGUGACUGAAAUGUAACCUUACUGGAACUUGAUACUAAUGUUGGCAUCACACACACGUCCCACUGAGUUUGGUGAUGCACAGUGUUGGUGAAGUGAAACAGUGUUAGCUGUGUCUUGUUAUUGGGUUGAGAACAUCAUAAGCUGAAGUCAAAUAAACAUUUCAGGGAACGAAAGAGCAAAUGAACCAUGAUCAUUAUUUUUCCACGUGACCCCGCCGUACUGUGCUUCAUUCUGUCUGUGCAGCUCCUGGAUCUACAUUGUAUCCUCUUCAGGUAUUUUUGUACAAAUAAGGGACUGAUAUAUUCUUUGUUUAUUGGAAAUUAGAAUAAAAGACAACAAUGCUACCAACCACA